AACUUGAAAGGACAGGGUUUGGUAAUACCAGUCUCUCUAAAGGACUCCGAGUCGUACGCAGUCCCCACGCCUCCCACAUAGCUUCCUCUACAAAGUUAUUGUGUCUCUUCGACAAACUAAUCUGAUAGCACUUCAGGCGCGGGACAGCAUGACUGGCGGACUCAAGGACGGGGAAACAGACGAGGAAUUUAUUCAUUCACCGUUCAUUAGGAAACAGGGGAAUAUAUAUAAACCAAAUAACAAGAUUAUGGAUAACGACAGUAUCAACGAAAAAAACAUGCAGGAUGUCCACACUAAGGAAAUCGACCUUGUAAAUCGGGACCCAAAACACAUAAAUGACGAUGUGGUAAAGGUUGACUUUGAGGAAGUGAUUGCCGAGCCGGCGGGAACCUACAGUUUUGACGGCGUGUGGAAAGCCAGUUUCACCACGUUCACGGUGACCAAGUACUGGUGCUACCGCCUGCUGACGGCACUGGUGGGCAUCCCCCUGGCGUUGGUGUGGGGCAUCUUCUUCGCCAUCCUCUCCUUCAUACACAUCUGGGCGGUGGUGCCGUGUAUCAAGAGCUACCUGAUCGAGAUUCAGUGCGUCAGCCGUGUCUACUCCAUCUGCAUACACACCUUCUGCGACCCCUUGUUUGAGGCCAUGGGCAAGUGUUUCAGCAGCAUUCGCAUCUCCACCACCAAGGAGGUGUAGUAGUGGGUGGAGGAGAGGAGGAAAUGGGUGUGCGGGUUGGGCCGUGGGGCGGGGGCGGGGGCGGGGGCAGGGGUGGGGGUGGGCGGCGAUGGUGGAGUGAAAACCAAAAUCUGGAAUGAGGGAAAAAAAUGCAUCCUCCACAUUCCAUGAGACAGGAUGAAACGAGGAGGACAAACACACAGUUUUGAAGGCCACACAUGGGUUAGUCUUCACUCCUCUUUGUACCCUCUUGUCAUCAUCCACCAGCCUGGGGUUCAGCACUGGGGCGGCAGCAUGUAUGACAAGAGCUUAGAGAUCUUUUUGUUUUUUUUUAUUCUUUAAAUUUUUUUUUUUAAGUCUUAGGGUUUAUCACUGCAGGAAUACCGUAUCAACCUCCCCCAGGUUUUUUUUUUGUUUAUGUGUUUGUUUUGUUUUUGGGUUUUUUUUUGCCUGCUUGGACAAGGC